CGGAAGUUGCGCAGCAAAUGAGAUCAUAAGUAGAAGAGCAUUCAAAAGCCAUUGGUCACAUGCUAUUCGUGACAUACAAUCCAGGAGAUGCAUAUAUAGUACUCUCUCUCUCUCUCUCUCUCUCUCUCUCUCUCUCUCUCCUAUAGUAUAGAUCAGAAGAAGAAGAACAAGAAGAAGAAGGAUGGCUCUUCUAUCUGCCUUCACCAUCAACAACAUUGGAAAACCUUCUCCCCCUCCAAUCUCCCACCUGCAAUUGGCUUCAAGCAGAGGCAGGGCGUUCUGUGCCCAUGUCAACUUUGACAGGCAGGCGUACUGGACCUCCAUAAACUCAGACGUGAAAGCUUAUCUACAAGCGGCCAUCUCCAGCUCCAGCUCCAAAGUGGCGGACAUCAUCGACCGCGACCCCUUUCGCUACACCGUGCUGUCCACGCCGGUGAGCUUGGCGGCCCUUCUCUGCGUGGCCGCGUCGGAGCUCGUGAGCGGCCAAAGGGGGCCAGCGCUGCCGACGGCGUGCGGCCUCCACAUCAUGCACGCCGCGCUCGAGGCUCAUCGCCAGAUGCCUGCCCUCUUCGAUGUCCCCGUCCAUCUUGGAAGGGCAUCCACUCAUCUGGCCUUCGGCUGCAACUUUGUGCUCCUCGCCUCUGAUGGCCUGAUGCCGCUCGCUUAUCAACAGGUUGCCACUGCGGGCGCCCAUCUUGGCGACCGAGCUCUGCGCGUCGUCGUCGAGUUGGCGAAGGCUGCGGGUUCUCAGGGAAUGGUGGGAGGGCUGUAUUACGAGCUGAGGAAUGCUCUUCCUCCUCCCCCUCCUUCCAUGGCUGCUGCUAGUGCUGAUGAUCAUGCGUUUGAACAAGUGGGUGGUGCUGUGAUGGAGAAGAAGAGCUCCUUGAUUGAGUGUGGCUGUGCUUGUGGGGGGAUAGUAUGUGGUGGGUCUGAAGAUGAGAUUGAGAGCUUGAGGAGGUACGGCAAGUGUGUGGGGAUGCUGCAGGAGGCGUUGAAGUGUGUUGAGGAGGAAGAGAUCAAGUUAAGGGGCUCAAGUGAAUCUGCUUGCUCUGAGAGAGACAAGGCUUUGGAAGUUGCAGAGGAACUGAGAGUGAGGGCUGUGAAGGAGCUCGCCGCCUUUGACGAGGGCAAAGCUGCGGGGCUUUAUGGCCUUGUACAUGGUAGCCUUGAUCAUGUGGUGCGCGGCCUUGAACUGAUCAGAGAAUUGUGAGUCAAGUCCAUCUAGAGAAAUUAAAAGCUACGAAUUCUUCUCCUCGUUCUGAUAAGAUCAGAUCCUCCUUUUUUUUUUCUUUGCUUGGUUUCUUACUGUUGUUUUUUAUACUUCGGUGACUUCUCACUAAUUUUUGUUAAUGAUUUUCCCAUUUA